AUGCAUCCAAUGGCAAUGUGUUGGCUCGUUUUUGGAAUAAUUUUCAUUCAAUAUGCUGUAAGCAUCGAUGCGGAUAUAAUCAGAUUAGGUCAACUUGAGAAAUUGGUAGCGGAUUUGAAAGUAAGUCAUGAGGUUUUAUUACAGAAUAUAUCUGAGAUGAAAGAUGAAAAUAUCUAUUUUGAGGCAAGUUUAAAAGAACUUUAUGCAGAAAAUGAACAACUAAAAGGGAGGAUUAACAACUUGCAAGAUGAAAACCGAAAACAACAGAAAAUCAACAGUCAAUUGAAAAUGGAAAUUACUGACAUCAAAAAGUCUAGUUUGUUGCAAACUGACAAAUCAAAAACAGUCGUUAAAACAGACGGAUCUCUGACAGAUGACUAUAAAAGUGUUAAAACAAUCGAAAACAAUUCUUCUACAUCCGGAAUACAGCAAAGAGGUACAUCCGUUAACAACUCCGGAAGAACAUCAUAUAAACGAUUACUCUCGACAGAUACACAGCCAGUAGUUACCAGUGGUGUGGCUUUCUUUGCCUAUCUCUCAAAAAGCGAGCAUAAUGCUGGCGCUCACCAGACGUUUGUGUUCGAUGUAGAACACACAAACAUCGGCGGUCACUACAGUCAUCAUACAGGUGUAUUUACCUGUCCAAGCCAUGGUGUUUACAUUUUUUCUUGGAGCAUCUACUGUUAUAGUGGAGGCUAUGUCUAUUCAGAACUUGUUGUCAACUCGUCUCCAGUGUCUGGAAAAUUCGCCGGCGCCGGGAGUGUUACUAACAUUUUGUCCUCGACGGAUUUGGCAAUUGUAGAGUUAAACGCUGGAGAUGAGGUAUACAUUCGAACACCACCAAAUCAUGCAGCAAGUGGACAGGUUGUAAGCGAUCUCCCAUAUCGAUCUACAUUCAGUGGAUGGAAAUUGUUCUGAUAUCACUGUUGCUAAUUAAAAAUAAUUAGUAUCGAUUUUUAUUAUUAUUAUUAAUUUAUAAUGUGACAUAUGCACA